AUGCGAUUGUUCCCCUUUGGGACAACCGCUGUAGCCAAUGGUCCUGCGCUCAUAAACGAGUUACGCAAUGCUCCGGAUGAUGCAUUCUCCUUUGCGGAAUUCGCUGACAAGGCACGCUACACAAUCUCCCCUGCCCUCAAAGAGUCGCGCUACCACGUUCCCAUCGUCCGAACAACUCUUACUCGUAAUCUAGCCGGUCUCUUUCCCGAUCUUCUUGACGAGAUGAACUCUGCGUUCAAGGAAUCCAUUUUCAACCUUGAUGGGCUGAAAGAUGGAGAGUGGAAGAGUAUUCCCGUACACAGGAAUAUCAUGGAAUUGGUGUGCAGGACGACGAACAGAUUGGUCGUUGGCGCGCCGCUCUGUCGAAACAAGGAAUAUCGCGACUUGAUCAUCAACUUUACGAUCGAUGUUGCCAAAUCAAGCAUGUUUAUCAACCUCUUUCCAACCUUCCUUCACCCUAUCGUAGGUCCAAUACUCUCCCAAACAAACAAGACCCAACGGAAGAUGCUUCGUCUCGCUGGGCCUCUUAUCGAGGAGCGUAAGGUCAAGUUGGCUGCGGACAAGAACUAUGCAGACAAGCCGAACGACUAUUUGACGUGGAUCCUCGAAGACGCGCCUCCUGGCUUCGAGCAGACGACCGAAGGCUGGGCCAUUCGUCUUCUCCAGAUGAACUUCGCCGCUAUUCAUACAUCUAGCGCUACUUUCACUCAUGCGAUAUUCCAUCUCGCAACUCAACCUGAAUAUAUGGCCGUCCUGCGGGAAGAGAUCGAUACCGUCAUUGAGAGUGACGGGUGGUCGAAGGCGAGCAUGCAGAAGAUGAAGCGACUGGACAGUUUUUUGAGGGAGAGCUCAAGGCUCAAUGCUAUUAUUCUCACUUCGCUCAACCGUUUUGCUCUGCGCGACUAUACCUUUCAAGAUGGGACGUUCAUCCCUAAAGGUAACUUCGUCACUGCCUCUCUCUACUCCCUUCACAUGGACGACGAGAACUACGAGGAUGCGAAGGUAUUCAAACCGUGGAGGUUCGUAGAAAUGAGAGAAAACGGGGAAGAGGGAGAAAGUGUGAAGCAUCAGUUCACGAACACAAGCGUGGAGUAUUUGUCCUUUGGAUUGGGAAAACAUGCUUGUCCCGGUCGAUUUUUCGCGGCGAACGAGAUCAAGGCGAUGAUGUGCUAUCUUGUGCAGAACUUUGAUGUCAAGCUUCCGGACGGCGUCACAGAACGUCCAACGAACCAGUAUUUUGGAACAUCUGUGACACCUAACCAGACGGCAGAAGUCAUGUUCAGUCGAAGGAAGAGGGUCUGAGUAGCAGGGACAACUGGUCGUACCUGGGCUGUGCUUAGGUUCCCAUUAUGCAUGGUUUGACUUGGAUGUUGUCAUGUUUUGCUCUGUAUGGCUUUGCUAUCUGCUAGUUCUACCAGUAGUAUACCCGAUCCGUGUCGAAUGUACCG